AUGGGCUCCAUCUCCAUCCAAGCUGGAUUUCUGUCUCAGCUCCCCUCCCUCUUCUUCCUCUCUUCAUCGUCCUCCUCCGUUGACGCCUCCCUCGCCACGCCACUAGAUCUACUCCCCUCAACGAUUCCUCCAAAAAGAACAAAAUUUAACCAUAACUACCACCACCACCACAACAGCUACUUCUGCAGCUGCUGCCUAACCACGACGAACCCACCUGUGAAACGGUCGACAAAAGACCGGCACACGAAAAUAGACGGGCGAGGGCGGAUAAGAAUGCCGGCGACAUGUGCAGCGAGGGUUUUUCAGUUGACUCGUGAGCUGGGACACAAAUCUGACGGUGAAAACAUAGAGUGGUUACUGCAGCAAGCUGAGCCUGCGAUAAUUGCAGCCACUGGAACGGGCACCAAUUCGGCAAAUUUUUCGACUUUGAAUGUUUCUUUGAGGAGUAGUGGAUCUACUCUUUCAGCUCCCUUCAAAGUCUGCUCCUCAUUUUUCAUGGCGCUUUAGCUUUGGUCAUCAUCCUCACUAUGAAGAAGGGUUUCCGCAUACGCGCGUACUAGGUUUUAUCAUCAGCAACACCAGCAGCAGCACCAUCUGAUGACGGCUGAUCAGAUAGCGGAAGCGCUUCCAGCUGGAGAAGGGUCUGGAGGCGGAGGCGGAGGAGACUCUAGUGCUGAGAAUUACAUGAGGAAGCGAUUUAGGGAGGAUUUGUUUAAAGAAGAUAAUCAAUCACAAAGUGAGAGUGCUGGAGUAGGAGGAGGAGGAGGAGGCGGAGGUGGCGGAGGAGGAGAAUCAUCUUCAAUUAACAAAGCCUUUAAAAGUGGAAGUGGUUUGCAAUUACCAAAACAACAACAACAAGGAGAACUUUCAAAUACUUUGCUUCGUUCAUCGAAUAUUUUACCCGCCACAGCCAUGUGGGCAGUGACUCCAGCUCCCACCACUGCAGCCGGAAGCACAUUCUGGAUGCUACCGAUGACAGCCGGGGGUGGCGGGACAAGCGUGUCCGGAGCUGGACCAUCCGAACAACAACAGCAGAACCAACAGCCUCAGAUGUGGCCAUUUCAAUCAUCAACAGCAGCAGCACCAAUAACUCAGAGCCCAACCCUUCAAGCGCCUCUACAUUUCAUGCCAAGAUUCAAUUUUCCGGGGAAUCUCGAGUUCCAAAGCGGAAGAGGAAGCCCAUUACAAUUGAAUUCAAUGCUAAUUCAACAACAACAACAGCAACAACCAUCUCAACAUCUAGGUCUUGGAAUGUCGGAGUCAAAUUUGGGAAUGUUGGCAGCUCUAAAUGCAUACUCAAGAGGGAAUUUAAACAUGAAUUCUGAGCAAAACAAUCCAAUGGAGCAUCAACACCAUCACCAGCAUCAUGAACACCAGCAUCAGCCUCAGGGGACUGAUGACAGUGGAGAUGAGGAUCCAAAUAGUUCUCAGUGAAGAAAAUUAUUUUAAGUUGGGUUAGUAAAUGCUCUUAAUUUGAUUAAAAAUAUUGAAAUAUUUGACAUGGGUUUGAUUUGGAGGAGAUGGUAGAGAUAUUGUUGGGUUUCUUAUUGCAGAUUUGGAAGUUGAAGUUGAAUUGUGAUGCUUUAAAAAAAAAAAAUAUUUUCAUGGGAGUGAUUCAUCUGAGGAGAGACAUUCCUAGCUAGUUGCAUUUAUUUUAGUAAUUUUUUUAUUUUAAUUUUUAAUUUGUGAAUCUAGAUUAAUGUGAAGAAGUUUGAGAUGUAAGAUGUUAUUUUGGUCCAAAGGGACUUGAAAGGGAACAUAGAUUUAGAGAGUUUGUAUAGGAGGAUAUUUGUUUGUGUUUAUUUUAGUGUUAUUAUUAUUAGUA